AUGUCGAAUCCAACCCCACCGCACUAUGUGCGCUUGAGGCGGCACAACCUGACCAUCUUUCUUCACUGUGACGUGAACCACGACACCGUUCAGGCGAUUAAGGAGCGCUAUGAAAAAUUGACUGCCCGGACCUUCUACACCGUUAGACUCUACCUUGGCCGGCAGAACCUGGACGACUUCUCCACGCUUUUCAACUGUGGUAUUGAGCGCGAGGGCGCCGAGCUGACGGUGGUGCAUUCGAAGGCGGCCAAGAUGGACGGCACUGGUGAGUAUAUUUGGGAAGACUUGGAAGAAGCCACACGGCCUCCACCGCCGCCGCAGGAGGAGGUAAAGGAGACGCAAGAGGGAGGGGUCGUUUCCGAGUCUAGAGAAGGUGGCGAUCCAGUGGGGGAGGGCGGCAGUGACUUGCUCCUGGCGCGUCCUGAGGAGAGGAACCAAACGUCCGCCGAGCCCAACGUAGGCUUCGUUGGAGUCUAA